CCACCUGGCGAGCGUCUCCUCAGCGCGUCCCGUUAUUUAAAGAGCACCCACAUCCUGUGGAACCCGCAGUCCGUCAGUUAGAACAGUUAAUCACCAGACUAUGUUGGAAGAGUAGAACCCAUAUUCACAAUACAUCCAGACUCAUUUGAGACCACCAUGGAAAAAGUUCGUAACAACAUGACAGAGUUCUGGAAGGAGCACUCCAAAGCUGCGACAGUGGAGGAGAUGAUGCUGGACACACGUGCCAAGGAGCUGACCGAGCACGAGCUGCCCGAGAUCCUCUCCAUGCUGCCCUGCCUGGCUGGAUCCAGGGUGCUGGAGCUGGGAGCCGGCAUCGGUCGCUACACCCGUCACCUGCUGGCCAAGGCCUCCCAUGUGACGGCUGUGGAUUUCAUGGAUAGCUUUGUGCAGAGGAACAGGCAGGACAACGGUCACCAUAGCAACGCUACCUUUCUCCAAGCUGACGUGACAAAGCUGGAUCUACCCCGAGACAGCAUGGACUUUGUGUUCUCCAACUGGCUGCUGAUGUACCUGAGCGACGAGGAGCUGAAGUCCUUCCUGGAGAAGGUGAUGGGCUGGCUGCGGCCCGGUGGCUUUCUUUUCUUCAGAGAGUCCUGCAACCACCGGUCAGGUGACAACAAAAGGGACUUCAACCCCACCUGCUACCGCACUGAGGCCCAAUACAGCCACCUGGUGUCAUCACUACAAGUGGAGGAGUCUAAAGGAGGCCCACUGUUUGGUUUCGAAAUUGUUUUGAAGAAGAAGGUUCAGGCGUAUGUCGAGAUGAAAAACAAUCCAAACCAGAUCUGUUGGCUUCUGGAGAAGGUUCCCCGCAGCACGAGCACCCAGAACGGAUUCAGCACUUUCCAGCAGUUCCUGGACAACCAGCAGUACACCAGCCGCGGCAUCCUGCGCUACGAGAAGAUGUUCGGGUCCGGCUACGUCAGCACAGGCGGGCCCAGCACCACCAAGGAGUUUGUGGACCGGCUGAACCUGAAGCCCGGACAGAAAGUUCUAGAUGUUGGCUGUGGCAUUGGUGGAGGAGAUUUCUACAUGGCGAAGACGUUUGGAGUGGCGGUGCUUGGAAUAGACCUGUCAGAAAACAUGGUGGACAUCGCCAUGGAGAGGGCCAUCGCUGAGAAGAUGCCAUCAGUCCAGUUUGAGGUGGCCGAUGCCACUAGGAGGUCGUUCCCUGAGGGAUCCUUCGAUGUGAUCUACAGCAGAGACACAAUCCUACACAUAGACGACAAGCUGGCCCUCUUCAAACGCUUCCACUCCUGGUUAAAGCCAGGUGGCAAGUUACUUAUCAGUGAUUACUGCGGAGGGGAGAAGCCUUGGACGGCAACGUUCGAGGCCUACGUCAAGCAGAGAGGCUAUGUCCUCUACACGCCCUCGCAGUACGGCGAGUUCAUACAGGAAGCCGGUUUCUGCAAUGUUCAGUCAGAAGACCGGACGGCCCAGUUCAUCCAGGUGAUCAAUGCGGAGUUGCAGAGAGCAGAGCUCAGCAAGGAAGAAUUUGUUCAGGAAUUCUCCGAAGAGGACUACAUUGCCAUAGUAAACGGAUGGCGGGAAAAACUCAAACGUUCCAGCGGUGGAGACCAACGAUGGGGACUCUUUUAUGCAACAAGGGACUGAUUGGGAGUGAUUGCACUAAGAUUUGGGAAGACAAUAAAAGACAACGGCGACUUCUGGUUUCCCUAUUUUCUGUGUUUUUUCUUUUGCCUUUUGAAAACAUGCCGUGUUUGUUAUAAUUGAGAAUGUUCGAAUUUAAUGAGCUUAAUAGAAACAUGUUUGUGUAUUCCGUUGGGAAUCAUCAUCUCGCCAUUGGUACUUGGGGCCACAGCGGCGUGACAAAGCUUACUGAUGUAGACAGAUGUCUGACAGAGCCAAAAGCAAUGUCGCCAGACUCAGAAAUGUGAUGUCAACUUUGCUGUAUUUAAUAUUUUAAUAAAAUAUAUUCAGGAUUUA